AUGCAUCAAUCACCCAAACGCUCGGUGAUCAAGCACCCGCACGACUUCCAUGGCGCACAGGUCAUGCCACGCACUGCAGAUGCUCUUGCCGAAGCCACGUCGCGUCCACCCAUGCCCCCCUCAGUCGCUCAUACCGAUCCGUCCUCGAGCACCACCCCCAACUACCUCAAGGGCGUAGAAGGCAUCGGCAAUCCAGACGCCACCUUCUCUGGCCUCGGCAGCAGCUUCGACUUUGGCGACCUCAAUCUCGUCCCCAAACGCAGCGCACCCGCUCCGCCUAGCCAUCCAAACUCGACCGCAGCCUCUGGCUCCGUCUUCGCAUCGCGUCAGGCCGGCCCUUCGUCCACCUCCGCCUCGCCUACCUCCACCUCGGCAUCCACAUUCGCAAACGGCACAUCGUCCGCGGCGUGGUCCGCAGGCGCUUCGGCGGCGGCCGCAGCAGGUCCUUAUCGACCCAACCCCACCAUCAACACAUCCGUCCAAGCUAUGCAGGGCCCUCGCUCCGGUCUGCCCGCUCAGUCUAGCCUGCCCUUUGGCGUUGGCGGCCAUCCGCCAGCCGCAUCCCCUGUCUCGGGCCCCGUCUCGGCCUCGCCCUACUCGUCGAACGCGCCCGGUGCCUCGACGUCCAACGCGCCCUUUCCACCUCGACCUGUGCGCUCCAACACGUCUGGGCCCGACACCUUCCACACGGUGUCGUCGGUGACCGCCUCGCAGCACGUGGCACCCGUCAUGGCGCAGCGUUCGCACUCGAGCAUCGGCCCGCAGCAGCACCAGAUGAUCGGCUCGCCAACGCUCAACCAGUCGUCACCAACGCUCGAACACGGUGCACCCGGCGAGUCGACGCCCUCGCUCACCACACAGAGCCAGUUUGUGCACGGCAGCCGCGACCGCGAGCGAAGUCGCGACGGCAGCGCCACACCCGGAGGCCGCAACACGUUCAAGAGCGUCUUUGGCGGCUUUGUCAACUCGAUGAGCGACGUGUUUUCGGCGCAAAAGAAGAUCGAGAUCUCGACGCCCUACGACCCCGUCCACCUCACCCACGUCGGCUUCAACUCGGACACGGGCGAGUUCACCGGUCUGCCCAAGGAGUGGCAGCAACUCUUGCAGGAGUCGGGCAUCUCGCGCCAGGACCAGGAGGCCAACCCGCAGGCGGUGAUGGACAUUGUCGCCUUCUACCAGGAUGCCACCAAGAGCGAUGGCGACACAGAUGUGUGGAAGAAGAUGGGCUACGCCAAGGGCAACAACCAGGCCCCCGGAACGCCACGCACCGACACCAGCAGCAGCGACGACGGCUUCAAAUCCGGGCCUCAGCCCGUGCUCUACGAAAAGCCUCGCGCUGCUCCCGUGCCGCCCGGUGCACUGCAUGCCAAGAGACCCGGCGACAUCGGCAGCCCCGAUCUGCGCGCGCCCCACGCCACCGGCGACGUCGCGCUCAAGCCGUCGCGACCCGCCCCUGCGCCUGGAGCGGGUCAGGCCACCAAAGCAGGCUCGCCGCCCAUCGGAUCCAGGCAGCCGGGCGCUUCUGGUGCUUCUGUUUCCAGAACUGGCACCACAAACGGCACUUCGACGAGCUCAGCCACUGCCAAAAAUGCCAAGGCGGCAGCGGCAGCGGCACCGGCACAGGGACCGGGCGCGGUGCCAAGGAGGCGCGAGACCAAGAAGAACGUCGUCAAGGACUCGGACGUGAUUGCCAAGCUGCAGGCGAUAUGCACGGAUGCAGACCCGACCAAGCUGUACAGGAGCCUGUCCAAGAUCGGGCAGGGCGCGAGUGGCGGCGUGUUCACGGCGUACCAGGUGGGCACGAAUCAUUCGGUGGCGAUCAAGCAGAUGAACCUGGAGCAGCAGCCCAAGAAGGAUCUGAUCAUCAACGAGAUCCUCGUCAUGAAGGAGUCGCGCCAUCGCAACAUUGUCAACUUUAUCGACUCGUUCCUCUUCAAGGGCGACCUGUGGGUGGUCAUGGAGUACAUGGAGGGCGGCAGUCUGACGGACGUGGUGACGUGCAACAUCAUGACCGAGGGGCAGAUUGCGGCGGUGAGCCGCGAGGUGCUCGAGGGCUUGCGACACCUGCACGAGCACGGCGUGAUCCACCGCGACAUCAAGUCGGACAACGUGCUGCUGAGCCUGCAGGGCGACAUCAAGCUGACCGACUUUGGAUUCUGCGCGCAGAUUGGCGAGUCGCAGGCGAAGCGCACCACCAUGGUGGGUACGCCGUACUGGAUGGCGCCCGAGGUGGUGACGCGCAAGGAGUACGGGCCCAAGGUGGACAUUUGGAGUCUGGGCAUCAUGUGCAUCGAGAUGGUGGAGGGCGAACCGCCGUACCUGAACGAGAACCCGCUGCGUGCGCUCUACCUGAUCGCCACCAACGGCACGCCCAAGAUCAACAACCCCGAGAAUCUGUCCAACACGUUCAAGGACUUUCUCAAGACGUGCCUCGAUGUGGAUGCCGACAGGCGGCCGGACGCGGUGGGCAUGCUGGCGCAUCCGUUCCUCAAGCGCUCCGAGAGCCUGCGCACGCUGGCACCGCUCAUCAAGGCGGCACGCGAGCAGACACGCAAGUCCUAG